AUGAGGAACUAAAACAGCUGGUGUGAACAGCGUAUUUUUGGCAAUGGGCGGUGAUCUUCACUAACGGCACAGUGAUGCUGAUCACCGCCACCAUUGCGCUCUAUAGAAGCUUGUGUUCACGUCGCAUGCAAAGUCCUGCUUCCUGUCCAAUAGAAACAAUGCUCCAGCAUCGCACGGCUUAUUUAUAAAGCGCUGUCUGGUAACAGUGGGAGUAAUGUAGAGGCGAGGGAGGCAGUUUGAACGUGGAGGCGGCGAACAGAAACGCGGAGCGGUGGUGUAAAUGGGAAAUCUGAUGGGCGCUCUGAGGUACAAGGAGCCGAGCACCGUGGAGGAAUGCGACUCGACGUGGGAGACGGACUCGGAGAGCGACGAGCAUCCUGGAGGAGAGCAGGACAGCGGGGUGUCCGAGUCCAUCGGUGCUCCGGAGUCAGGGCACUGUGGAGAGGAUCAAGAAGGCUUUCCUCAGUUUAAUGACACGGCUGAGUCAUCCACUAAGAUGAAAAGAAGCUUUUAUGCUGCCAAGGACCUGUACAAGUACCGCCAUAGUUAUCCGAAUUACAAGGAGCCUCGACUGAGAAAUGAGUACCGCAAUCUGAGAUUCUAUCUGAAUAAGAUCCCUCUGGUCCCAGAUGGAAUCUAUGUUGAAGAGAUCCUCACCAAGUGGAAGGGUGACUACGACAAGCUUGAGCACAAUCACACAUAUAUACAAUGGCUUUUCCCACUCAGGGAACAAGGCCUCAAUUUCUAUGCCCAUGAACUCACUCAGGAUGAGAUUAAGGAUUUCCAGAACACGCCAGAAGCCAAGCGGCGCUUCGUGCUGGCGUAUGCUAUCAUGUUGGACUUCUUUGGAAUCAAGCUCCUUGAUAAGAGUGGAAAUGUAGCCCGUGCGCCAAACUGGAAAGAUCGUUUCCAGCACCUGAAUGAGUCUCAACACAACUAUCUGAGAAUCACACGCAUCCUGAAGAGUCUGGGUGAGCUAGGCUUUGAAAGCUACAAGCUGCCUCUGGUGCAUUUGCUGCUAGAGGAGGCUCUGGUGCAGGGCACGCUGGCUAACAUGCGCCACAGUGCGCUCGAGUACUUUGUCUACACUCUGCGAAAUCACAGCCAGAGACGUGCACUGCUACGCUUUGCCCAGCGCCAUUACCAACCUCCUGAGAACUUCAUCUGGGGGCCUCCAAAGAGGAGAGGCUCCCCCGGGACAAGAGCGAGCAGAAUGGAGUCUCCACUGGACAGGAGUGCAAGAAUACCUAGAGCUCUGAGACAGGGGAGUCCAACCAGGCCUGAUGAAGAGAUAGAAGGGGUGGAUGGGAGGGAAGUAGUGGAGUGGAAAACAACAAAGGUAUCUAGGAGCCAUCAGCAGAGUAGGGGAGACACAGAGGAAUACAUUGAAACUGUACCUCUUUGAGAAUUUUGGACAGGGGAAUUGAGAGAAUGAGCCUGAUAUUAGGACUGACAGUGCUGGGGAAUAGUUAUGGGUGUGGCUCAAAGCAAUAUUAUUUCCUGUCUUGGCCUUCAAUGAAUAGCAAUGAGAGAUUUGUUACUCUUUGGGUUUUUUGUAAAUCCGCAAUUAAAUACCGAUUUUCAUUUUGUUUACUUUGAGGCUUACGAUAUCAGCUGAUGAUUUUCUACUGUAUUCCUAACCCUGCCUCAGUCUAUUACACUUUUUGAACAAUCUUUAGCACACAGAAGUGAAGAUGUGAAUUAUUACCUAACUUGAUUGUGUGUGUGUUGCACUUUUACCUAUCCAGUCUUCCUCUGUGACAUAUUUGUGGAGUUAAGAUGGACUCCAGACUUUAACUGAGCCUUUUGAGCCUUAGUCUUAGAGCUGAGUAAGGUCUAUUUCUAUAGAAACAUAAGAACUAUGGCUAGAAUGCAUUAACACAAUACAUUUUAUAAUAUCAUUUUAAUCCAUUUAAUCUUUGCCUUGUUAUAAUUGAAUACUGAUGUACAUAAUUAAAAAAAAAAAGAAAGAA